AAAAAACCAAAACAGAAUUGAAAAUUCACGCUAGUUAAUUAAAAACUCAAUUAAACUAGAAUAUAAAUUUUUUCAUAGCUUAUAGCCUUUAAAUUUUGUGAUAAUAACGUCAAAGGAUGAGUUUAUAGCAAGAAGCCAUCAAAAUAUCAAACAAAGAACGAAGUUUUAAGAAAGGUUUUAAUUUAAUUCAUUUUAAGCAAAGAGCAAUAAUCUCUAGAAAAUGACCAUAAAACAAUACGAAAUGCUUCUUGUGUGAUUCAUUGAAUAACUGAUGUAGUCAGCAAUUUCCUGUAUAGCAUAUCUACAUAAUUAGUGAUUUUCUUGAUUCCUACAAUAUUAUCGUGAUAAUAAUUAUAACAUAAGCUUAAUCAUGCUUUCAAGGAAGAAGGAUAAGACUACCAAAACAGGACUAGCAGGCAAAUACAUAAAAAAAGAUUCAUUAAAUCCAGAAAUAAAAUUGAUAAAUGUAUGGACAACGACUGAACAGAAAAACACAAAGUCAAAGAAUCGUCAGAACGAUGAUGCAAAAAAUAAGCUGAAAAUAAAUGGUUCCAAUAGUGGAAGCAGCAAUGCAUUUGGCAACAAUAUCGGUCAAGGAAAAUACACUCAAAACUCACAAUUGGCAUUGAAUAAGCUUUCGAAUAAAUUUUCAAACAUGCAUUUACAACAGACGAGCUCGCCAAGUCCUCAGCAACAGCAGCAACAACAACAGGCUUUGGAUGUCUCAACAGCUCAAUAUUUUCAUCGAACCCUAGCACAAUCGCAUCCUUCGAGCAGUCAAUUAGUUAAUCAAAGUGAUAGUCAAAAUAAUUAUGUUGAAAUUGAUACAUUGGAAACUCUAUUGUAUCAGAAGCAACAAUCUGAUCAAAAUGAGAAUUUUCAAUACUCUAAUUAUGAAAUUAGCAACUAUAAUGAUAAUAAUCCAAUUCAACAGCAACCACAACAGCUUGAUUUAGGUUUAGCAUCACCAAUAUAUGAAAAUCAAGCUGUUGUUCGUCGAUCUGAAUCGCCAAUUUAUAGCAACACUCAUAAUAAUCCUCCAUCAGUUUCAUCACUUUAUUCUGCGUCACAGAAUUUAUAUUCAAAUCUGCCGAGCAGUUCGUCAACACAAGCAGCUUAUGCUAAUUUGCCUUCCAGUAUUCAUCAUGGUUUAGUUCCACAAAUUCGUAGUACUCCACAAUAUAAUUUAAAUGUUGAAGAAUUACCAUUGCCGCCAGGAUGGUCUGUUGACUAUACAUUAAGAGGCCGUAGGAAAUAUUACAUUGAUCAUAAUACGGCCACGACUCAUUGGUCACAUCCACUUGAACGAGAUGCACUGCCUUUAUUCUGGCAACGUGUUGAAGCUGCUGGAUCUGUUUAUUAUUACAAUUACAUAACAAGGCAAGCUCAGCUUCAUCAUCCUUACUGGACUACUUAUUAUUUACCGGGAUAUCAUUUUCAUAAUCAAGCACAGCCCACAAUUAUUCAUCAUCAAGCAUUAGUUCCUGCGAAUCCACUGUUGAAUGUUAAUGUUCCUAAAUGGUUGAAAAUCUACACAAAAUCCUCGUCCGAAAAGGAUCACAUCAUUAAAUGGAACAUGUUUCAGGUGAAUCAGUUAAUGACUAUAAAUGAGAUGAUAACGAAACUAUUUAAAGAGGAGUUGCAUAAUAUUGUCCUUAAAUAUGAAUCAAUGAGACUUGCUAUAAGCUGUGAGAUGGAGAAAAGAAAGCAUGGACAGCAUUUAAACUGAACUUGACAGAAUUAACGAACUCUAGCUGGGUUCUAAAACUGUAAUAUUUAUUCUUGAUCUAUGUGACUGGAUUAGUGCCUUCAUCAUAAAUAUAGUAUAUCAAAAAUGAUUUUUAAUAAAAAUUAUAUC